GGAGCUUUUAGGAUAGAUGAAACCCCCACCUGGAGCAGGGCCGUCAUCUACAGUGUUUUGACAGAGGCUGUCCAACCAUUAUGAAAAGCCUGAAAGCAAAAUUUAAAAAGACCGAGAGUCAGGACUGGAGUAAGAGUGAUGAAAGGCUUUUGCAAGCUGUGGAACAGAAUGAACCCGAUAAAGUCUCUGCCCUCAUUGUCAAAAAAGGUCUCUGUCCUACCAAGCUGGAUGCUGAGGGCAAGUCAGCGUUUCACCUCUGUGUAUCCCGAGGCCGACUAGAUUGUCUGGAGGUUAUCAUCUCUCACGGAGCAGACAUCAGUGUCACCGAUGGGGCUGGCUUCAGUGCCCUUCACCUUGCAGCCAAAAAUGGCCAGUCUGAGUGCUUAAAGAGACUAUUACAGGAAAGAAUGGCAGUAGAUUGCACAGAUAGCAUUGGUAGGACACCACUUCAUCAUGCAGCGGUCAGUGGCUGCAUGUCCUGCACUGAGACCCUGUGGGACUUUAAAGCCAAUCUGGAUGUGCAGGACAGUGACGGGGCCACCCCUCUUAUAUUAGCAGCCCAGAUGAGUAGAGUGGAGCUGUGUGUCUUUCUGUUGGGUCGAGGUGCAAAAGCAAAUAUACAAGACAAUCAGGGAAGGUCUGCAUUGAUGCUGGCCUGUGAGAGUGAUAGUGUUGAGACUGUAGAAGCUCUGCUGAGAGGCGGGGCCAACACACAGCUGGUUGACAGCCUUGGACACAAAGCUACCGACUACAGCAUAACCACAGGCAACCAACGCAUCAUUCAGAUGUUGCAGGAUGGAGUACCCCCAGUCUCUGAGGGCUCGGGCGAGGAGCCUCCCCAAACCCCCUCAGGUGCUUCAUCAAUGCAAGGGGGGACUACCCCCCGCAAACGGAAAGCUCCUCCACCACCCCGCUCUCCUCUUCAGAUGAAAGGUGCACCACCUUCCCCACAGUCCCAGAGUUCAGCUCCCCCUGCCCACUCUCCUGAGCCCCAUCAGUCUCAGUCCCCAUCUCCCUCUCCCCAGCCUCAAGAAACCCAGCAAUCACCCCAGGCAGAAGACGAGGAGGUGUUUGAGGAGAUUCGCCGGCUACGUCUGGAGAGAGGCCGUCUGCUCCAGAAAAUCAAAGCCUUGGAGCAGCAACAACAGAGUGCCAUCUCUGCCUUGGAGGAGCUUUCCCAGCUAAAGAAACGUCUAGAGGAGGCAGAGGCAGAGAGGGACAAACUGCUUGAGGAGCUGAAGGGGGGGCAUGGUAUUGGGGCCAGUGACUCUGAGGAUAUGGAUGAAAUGCUGGACUUCCCAGAAAAGCUGCUCUCCAAGCGCUCCAGAGCCUCCCCUGCUCAGGAUGAGGCCUCUUCUCAAAACGACACUGACCUAGUCAGCGCCCCUGCAGACCCAGGAGUUGUUGCUGAGCUGCAUAAACAAAUAGAGGAACUUACUUCCCAGAAUGCCGAACUCGUUCUGAAAGUGCAGAUGUUGGAGAUGUUUGAGAAGGAUGACACAGAUAUGCAGACCGCCAGUUCGGACUUUGUUCCUCUUGUUCAGUAUGAGACCCUGAGAAAAGAGUUUGAAGCCCUUCAGGAGCGUUUCUCUCAGGCCCAGGCUUCAGGAGAUACUUCAAGUGUGGCAGAGCAGCAUGGUGAUGAGAACUCUCAGGAAGGAGGUACAGACUCAGAAAGUACGGAAGCUCUGAAGGAGAAGCUGCACGAGCUGGAGGAGCAGUUGGCCUCUUCCAAAUCUGAGUUGGAGGAGCUGAAGGAGCAGAUGCGUGUCGGGGUGCUUUCUGUGGAGUGUGGUGAAGGGGAUAUUGCUGCAGCAGGUGCUGGGGCUCCAGAGGACGGCCUGAGCCAGGAGGCAGAGCAGCUGAGAGCCAGGGUGACAGAAUUGGAGGAGGAGCUUGCUAAGAGACAGGGUGAGGCUGGGGGUCAGAGCAGUCCGGACAGUGACACAAUCAAACAGCUGACAGAGAAAGUAAAGGAGCUCCAGGCUGCUCUGGCCCAGAAAGAGUCUACAAAAGAGGAAGAAGAGAAAGAAGGCAAAAGAGAAGAUACAGAAACAGUUAAGUGCCUAUGUGACAAAGUUGCUGAGUUGGAGGCAGCCCUGGCAGAGAGCAGGAUAUCUGAGAAAGAUGGAGGAGGAGCAGGAGAUGGAGAUCAGGUCCGUCGUCUUCAGGAGCGUUUGCAUGAGCUAGAGGGAGAACUGAGGAAAUGUGUGCCCCGCUCGGAGCUGGAGGAGGUGCAGGUGACUCUGGGACUCCAGUGUGAGCAGUUGGCAAGGGAGAGGGCGGAUGUGGCUAGAAGGCUCAACGAUGCCCUCCUGGAGCUGGAGAGACUCAGACCUCCAUCACACGGAGAUGAAGACGAAGAAGAGGAGGAAGAGCAAUCAGAGAGUUCAGAACCCUCAGUCAUAUCAGAGCACUCCAGGCGCACCUUGGCAGCAGUGAGAGAAGAACUUGAAUUAGCCAGGCAGGAAGCGGCUCAGGCUCUGGAUUGUCUGUGCGCUGAGCGGGAGAGCAGGGCACAGGAUGCCCUGCAGCUGAAGGACACUGUGCCACUUGCAAAACAUAAAGAGGCGCUGUCUGCAGUAUCAGAACAGCUAGCUCAGACACUGCAGGAGCUCCAAGAAGAGAAAACGCUUCGGGGGCAUGCUGAGGAACAGGCUGCCUCACUGGAGGCUAAACUGCAGGCCAUGCAGGAUGCCAUCCCCAAAGAGGAGCAUGAGAAAGUCAAGGCAGAGCUCCAGCACGCCCUGCAGGCCAGUGAGAGCAGUGCAGCAGCAGCUCAGGAUGCUCUGAGUGAGAAGGAGAUGGAAUUGAGAGAGCUGAAAUCCCAGAAGGCUGCAGAACAGGGUCUGAUCUCUAAGGAGGACCACGAGGCCCUGCGGCUCUCUUUGCAGGCUGAGAUCAAUGCCAUCAUGGCCCGUUUCAAUGAUCUCACUCGUAAACACGAGAAGACCUGCACUGAGGUAUUCCAGGUACAGAGGGAGGCACUCUUUAACAAGAGUGAGCGGCAGGUUGCAGAGUCCCAGCUCGCUACAGUUCAAAAACAACUUGCUGAACUACAGGCCCAAUCAACCCAUAUCCAGGAACUCCACAAGGACAUCCAGGAAUCCCAGAGCCUGGUGAAGGAGAAGGACCGCAAGAUAACAGAGUUGUCAAAGGAGGUGUUCCGGCUAAAAGAGGCCCUGGGUGCUCUCUCACCUCCUCUCGGAAUCACCUCUUCAUCCUCAUCAACCCAUCAUGUUAACCCUGGACAGCAAAUGGCACUGCAGAACAGGAUUGCCAUACUGACUCAACAGCUCCAGGAUUGGGAGAGAAAGCACAAACAAGUGGUGGCUGUAUACCGCUCGCAUUUACUGGCAGCUGUACAGGGUCAUAUGGAUGAAGAGGUGCAGCGUGUGCUACUCCAGAUCCUGAAGAUGACGCAGCAGGGAAACUGAACUUUAGAGCAUCUGCAAGUUUCUCUCCACCUCCAGUUUUCUCUACAGGCAGCACAGCAGCUCUGUCACAGCAACCUGUGGGACCAGUACCCAGUAUAAAGCCAAAUACAACUGAUCUGCUGUCAGGUAUAGCUGCAUGCUUGUAAUGUAGUAACCCAAACAACAGAUAAAAAAUAUAAAAUGGAACAUGGAGUGCCUUUAUUAUAUGGUAUGUGAGGGGUUUAUGAAUGCAAAUGUGACAGAGUGGAUA